AUGUUUAAUAGUAGUCCAUUUGGUUCUUUUGGUGCUAAACCAGCCGCUAAUACAAGUCCAUUUGGUUCAAAUACAACAGGUCAAACAAGUUCAUUGUUCGGUAAUACACCUUCAACAGUUCAACCCCAGCUACAAAAUCCACUUCAACAACAACCUCAAUUACAACAAUCACAGCUCCCACUUAAUAAUAGUAUUAACUCAGCCAACCCAUAUUACCCAAUCCCAGCUGCACCACAAUUUGCAUCUUUAGUUAAACAACAGCCAACCAAAGUUAUUUCACCACCAUCCUAUUCACAAAGACCACUCUCACAUCAUGGUUAUAUACCAAGAUCAACCACAAAGCUUAUUCCAAAAAGAUUAGGUCCAGGUACAAAUGAAGAUUUAGGUUUCUCAGUUUUACCAAAUCCAAAAGGUUUAUUCCCAAUCGAUAAAUUUGUUUCAAACCAAUCAAAAUCAUUAAAUAUUAAUACUUCAAAUGAAACCGAAGAAUCAUUAAAACCAAACUUUGGUAAAAACUCAGCAUCAACAUCAACAAACUAUACCGAUAGUCCAAAUACUUUAUCAUCAAUUUAUAAUCAACCACCAGCUUCAUCCUAUCAAGCUUCAUCUUCAUCAACAUCAAUUCCAAAAUCAACUUCUACCUAUGAUUCAUUUGAAAGUAAGCAACAAGAAAUUGAAAAAGAAACAGAGAAGAAAAAAGAAAUUGAAAAACAAAAAGAAAUUGAAAAGAAAGAAUUUAAAAAUCCAAAUGCACCAAAACUUACAAAAGCUGGUUAUGUCACUGAUCCACCAAUCGAACAAUUACAAAAAUAUUCAGAUCAAGAUUUGAAACGUGUUAGAUACUUUACAAUUAAAAGACCAGGUUUUGGUCGUGUAGUAUUCCCUGGUGAAGUUAAUGUUUUCGGUCUUGAUUUAGAUCAAAUAGUAGAAAUUGAACUUAGAGAGGUCACAAUUUACAAAGAUGAAGAUACCAAACCAGAAAUUGGCCAAGGUCUCAACCGUCCUGCUUUUGUUACAUUAGAAAAUUGUUAUCCAAAGAAUAAAUCUGGUGAAAGAAUUAAAGAAGGUGCUCCACUUGACAAAUAUGAAAUUGCUCUUAAAAAUAAUUGUAUAGAAAAUAAUUGUACAUUUAUGUCAUAUAAUAGAUCAAAUGGUGAUUGGGAUUUCCGAGCUAAACAUUUUAGUAAAUAUUCGGUAGAAGAAGUUGUAUAUGACGAUGUUUCAAUGGAUGUUGAUUCAAAACAACAACAACAGCAAUCUCAACAAAAUCCAAGCCAAAUGAAUGUUACAUAUCAAAAACCUUUGACAGUUCCAAAGAAGUCAACAUCUAGAUUUAGUGCUGAUAUUGGUAGUUUUGACUCAGAUUCUGAAAGUGCAUCAGCCGAAGAAGAUAUGACAGUUCCACAAAAGAAAAGCUAUAAUAAAGCUCCUUUCGUUAGAAGAGUCAACAAAGAAGAAAGUGGAUUAUUCGAAACAUCAUCAUUUGAGCCAUAUGAUAGAAGCGAAGGUAUUGCACCAAAAAUCCAAAGAGUAUCUGAAGUUCCAACCUUUGUAUCAAAUAAAAAGAGUGUUACUUUUGGUGAAUCAACAUUAAUUUCACCUUUUUCACAAUCACAAAAUCCACAAAGACUCCAACAACAGCAACAGCAACAACAACAACAACAACAACAACAAAAAUCAAUAUACCAACCACAAAAUAGUUUAAUUGAUAAAGCCGAAACUACAUUUAAAAAACCACAACCAAUUUUAACCAAGAAAACCCCAAUCAAUGAACCAAUGAAUAUAUCAACAAUCAAUACUGUAUCAAAUAAAAAUUAUUUUUCAAAAAUUAAAAUUGAUCCAUCGUCAUUGGACCGUAUUGUACCAAGAGAAGAGUCAAUUAUUGAACAAUUAAAAUUAAAAGCAAAAUCAAAUACAUUACAUAGCACUCAAGAUAGCUCAAUUUAUAUGAGAAGAUCGUUUAGAGUUGGUUGGGCACCAGGUGGUGGUUUUGUUACUGUCUCAAAGAGUUCAAUUCAAACAUUAUCAAUUAAAAAAAUUCCAACUGAUACCAAAGAUGAUAAAAAGGAAUCAAUACUCAACUUUAUUAGAUGUCACCAUUCUAAUAGUUCAUUAGUACCAGAGCAAAGUAAAUCAAUUGGUUGGUUCUCAUUGGCCAAAGUUCAAAAUCAAAUCGAAACACAAUUACAAUUAGGUGUCCCAGCAAAUCAAAGUGUAUACUAUAAGAGAAUUUGGAGUUUGGUUUUAAAUCUUUGGGGUAUUGAACAGGCUAAUAAAUAUGGCACAGAUUAUUCAGAAGAUACAAUUAGAAAAUUAAAUUUAAAUCAAUGGCUCAAAGAAGCAAUAGCUCCAAUCAUCAGAGAUGAAAUUGAACAACUUAAAAAGAAAACAAAUUCAAGUUAUUUAGAAAAGAUUUUCUCUCUUCUCUCCGCAAAACAAAUUAAAGAAGCAUCAGCCAUUGCAAUCGAAAAUAAAGAUUUCAGAUUGGCUACAAUGAUUUCUCAAGUUUGGUCAAGUAGUUCUACUCCAAAAGAAUUAAUUACUAGUCAAUUAAAUUUAUAUAAAGAAACAGGUGCCGAUGAAUUUAUUAACAGCAAAAGAAUUGAAAUUCUCGAACUUGUAUCUGGUAAUAUUGAUCAAGUUUACAAAAAUAUCAACGAUUGGAUCAGAUGUUUUGCUAUUAACUUUUGGUAUAAAUAUUCACCAAACUCAAGUAUUGAAGAAAGUGUUAAUAGUUUCGAAGAAGGCUUCAUCAAAAGAAUUUCAAAAUUCCCAUUUCCACCAUACCAAAAAGACCCAAAGGAGCAAAUUAAGCGUAAUCAUGAUAUCUGUUUCCUUUUAUUAAAGUUGUUCUCUACAAAUACUUUUGAAGGUUUCAAAAAUAUAUUUUACCCAGAGAAUGUUGGAAAGGAUCUUUUAGAUUAUCAAUUGUCUUGGAACCUUUACACUGUAUUAAAAGCAAUUCCUCAACUUGCAAAACAACCUGAUAUUUCCAAUCAAUGUAUUAUUCAUAGUUCAUUCUCUGCUCAAUUAGAAAGAUUGGGUCUUUGGCAAUGGUCCAUCUAUGUUUUACUUCAUAUGCCAGAUCAUUCAAAUUUUAUUAGAGAAGAUGCUGUAAAGGCCAUCAUUGCUAGAAAUGCACCAAAUAUUAAUAACCAAAGUAAGUUAUUCCUUUCGACCCAACUCCAUGUACCAGAAGUUUGGAUUGACGAAGCCUUAGCAUGGUACACUGGAUAUGAACCAAAUGCUGAUCUUUAUGAACAAAUCGAAUCACUCUUAAAAUCGUUCCAAUACUCUAAAAUUCAUAAUAUCAUCCUUACUUCACUUGGUCCAAACCUUAUCAUUCAUAAGAGAUAUCAACUCCUCAAAGAUUUACUCAUCAAACUUGAACCACAUUCUAAUGCUGUUUCAACUUGGAGAUAUGGAGGCCAAAUAUUUUUAGAAUUUAUAAAUAUUGGUAUCGAAUAUACAGAAACUAUAUCAAAACUUUCAAUGGUUAAUGAAGAACUUGAACGUAGUAAAUACUAUUAUAACCUUAGAGUUAUUUCCUCUAGAAUCAACAAUCUCUUAAGUGAUAUUUCAAAAUUAUCUCAAUCAUCCGAUGUCAAAAAUACUACACCCGACUAUAAACACUCACUUUCAUUCAUGUCAGAGGAUCUCAUCAAUAGAGUUUCCCUUUUAAAGGAUCUCCCAGAAAACACCACUGUCAAAUUAAAUACUACAAUUGGUAAUUUAAUCUCAACUAUUAAUGGUCUCCCACUGACCCAAAGCUAUAGAUCAAAAAAUUUAGACUCUUUAUCAAACCAAAUUCAAGAGUUAUUACUAAAAUCAAUUUAUAAUAAACAUUAA